AUGUUUGGCCGGCCGUCCGACGUCGCUGGCUACUGGCGCAGCAAACUGGACACGUGUGGCGAUAGCUUUACUUCAUCGCGUAGACUUUCUUCGCUGCAAUGGGCCAUAAAAUGGUACGGCAUGGGCAAGACGUCAGUCCAGAGCGUUCUUAACAUACCCGGCCGCAUCGGCUGGCUGACCAUGGAAUGCCCGGGCUUCCUGACGUUGAUGUACAUCAUGAACACGCUGACUAAGCAAGAGGGCAUUGAUGAUCUGCCCUGGCAGAACAAGGUGCAGGUGAUCCAUUACAUAUACCGCGCCAUCCUCUUCCCGCUGAUGGCGCCGUCGAUGUCGCCGAUGCACGUGCUGGUUUGGUGCAUGGGGGUCAUAUUUCAGCUGGUCAAUGCCACAUGUCUGGGCAGCUUUCUGGCAGCCUACGGCCCGCGCACGGCGGCGGACUGGCGGACGCAGCUGGCGCCUUGGCCGACGCUCCAGUUCGUCGUGGGCAUCACGGUCUUCUACCUGGGGCUGACGGUCAACUUCAUCUGCGACGACGAUCUGCGGGAGAUCCGCCGUCGGGCUGCCCUGAAGAGAGACGACAAUGCGAGCGACAGCAACGGCGGCAGUGGCAGUGCGGUACAGAAGCUGUACCUGCUGCCAGACACCGGCCUGUUCCGAUACAUGCUGUAUCCGCACUACUUUGCCGAGUGGGUCGAGUGGACGGGUUUCUACAUGGCGGCCGGCUGGGGCUGCGUGCCGGCUCGCAUGUUCCUGCUCAACGAGGUGGCGGCUAUGUUGCCACGCGCCGUGAGCGGAAAGCGAUGGUACAUUGAGAGAUUCGGUGCCGACCGGGUGGGCAAGCGGCGGGCUGUCAUUCCGGGGGUGUUGUAG